AUGAUUGUUAGUCAAGUAUUAUUAGGUAUAACAGGUGUAAUUGCAUCACUUUAUUCAUUUUAUGUUAAAAAACAACAUGAAAAAAAUCCAAAAUAUAAAGCAUUAUGUGAUUUGGGACCAAAUGCAAGUUGUACUCGAGUUUUAACUAGCAAAUAUGGUACUGGAUUUGGAAUUACAGGUAUUUUAUUUGGUAAAAAUAGUAAAAUGAAUGCAUCGAAUGGUGUUUUGGGUAUGAUUUAUUAUAUUUUACAAAUUAUUUUUGGUUUGAUAACAACAUCAUUAUUCAGUAAACUCGCUUUAUUUUCAUCGAUAUUAGCUUGUCUCGGUUCACUUUAUUUGGCCUUUAUUCUUGCAUUCAUUCUUAAAGAUCUAUGUCUUCUUUGUAUUGCAACUUAUAUAAUCAAUGCCGGUCUUCUUUGGUCAAAUUAUCAAACUGUUUAUUGA